AUGGACUCCAGCGAGCUCGUCAAUCUCAACCCAUCCUGGGUCUUCCACGAGCACACUUCUACGACAUCAACACCACUGGUGUUUAAAUCAGCCACCAGCUCCUCAAUCCCGACAUACACAUCUCAUACUUCUUCUGAAAGUGUGUCAUCAAGCACUACGUCUUCCUCUUCUACAUCUGAGUCGAGCUCCAAGUCAGACACCACUACAACGACUCAAUCCAGCCACACCGGUACCAUCACGCCCGCCCCCAGCACGACAGGGACCCCGACAACCACAAGCAGCAGUACCACUUCUUCUUCUUCCAUUGAUGUCUAUUCUCUAAUAAAGCAUCUUUACAAGCUCGUAAAGGAAUCAUAUCCGGUGGUCAAGAAAUGGAUGAAAGACAAAGACUCAGUCAAGGCAUCCGACGUGGCCAAAAUCGUGAAGCGUGCGAUUCCUGUAGCUGAUGACAUACUUGACUCGCUCAACGUUCCAGGCUCCCUGGAGUCGAGCUCGGGUGGGGGGUCAGAUGGCUGCAGCAGUGGAGGACUUCUGGGAGAUAUUGCUGGGAUUGUGAGCUGCAUCGCCCGCACUGCAGAUGACAUGGUCUCCGUCCUUGAUCUUGUUCCCUCGUCGGGCGACGAUUCCUCAUACGUUUCCAGUGUAUCAUCUUACUUUGAGGUUUUCCAGACCGAAGGAAGUUCCUUGAGUGCAGUGGGAAUCACGGCGACUGGCUCUGCUGCGACUAGUACCGGAUCGACCACAACCACCACCUCCGACACGUCUUCGACGUCAUCCAAGUCUGACUCCUCUGCGAAGUCCACUUCAACCUCUCAGUUUAGCUCUGCUGCAUCUAUUUCUUCUAGUAAAAGUCACACAUCCAGCACGUCUGCCUCGUCCACAACGAGUCCAUCUUCGACAAGCACGUCCGAGUCUUCAUCCGUCUCAAGAACCGCGACCACACUAAAGUCUUCAAAGGCAGUAUCAUCCUCUGCAGCAGUGAAAUCCGAAACAUCGUCUUCUUCUGCAGAGUCUACUUCCACCUCGACUUUCGGGUCCCUGUCCGCUUCUCCUGUCCACUCGUCCAGCAAAAUCAGCACGUCCACAACAAACACAACAUCCACCAGGACAGACAGCAGUUCUUCCGCGGCAACCGAGACAAGAUCGACCAUCAUCGUGCACACUCUCAGCGGAACAUUCAGCACGACACAUUCAUCCACAAUCACCGCCUCCCCUUCACGCAACCAGACAGCCACCACCCUAAUCACCUCCUACACCACCACUAGUGCCUCCGAGCCCCUAUGCUACAACUACGCAGACCCCGACAACGGCAACGCCGACUACUGCAUGUGCUCGCAAAACGGACACCACACAACCAUGCCCGUACUCACCACCGGCGACAGCGUCUGCGGCUACACCACACUCCCCACCCCCACCACCACCUCCACCAGCAGCAAAAAGUCCACCACCACGAAAACCACCACCCACGGCCCCUUCACAACCUCCUACGUCGACGGCGACGUCAUCGUCUGCGCCAGCGCCACCCUCAGCUACUUCCAAUACUCAACCUACACAUUCACCUACACCAAAUGCGCCGGCUCCAGCACAACCAUCAAAACCGGCACCCAUACCACCACCACCUCCGCGACCGCCACCCCAACUGCCCAACUCGUCAUCUCCUACCUCUCCGACUUCUACAGCUACUGGGCAUUCUUCACGCCCGACAUCGGAUCCGACCUCAACGUAUGCGACGGUUCCAUCGGCGAAAUCGAAGCCAGCGGAUCCAUCAAGGUCGAGGAUCCGCCGUAUCCCGAUGGUACGAAGAAGUUGGAUUUCAAGGUCCAUGGGAUGGAGGAUUGUGAGUAUACGGGGACGUCGAAGGAGCCGGGGACGUUAAGUUGUCCGGAUUUGAGUGAGACGGUGCAGUGUGAGGAGUAUCCGGAUGGGAAGGUGGCGGAUUGUUAUGGGGCGUUGACGGUCGCGAUGUAUUAUCCGAAGGUUUGGUGUCGGUGGUGA